AUGGUAUGUUUUCAGGUGACACGCAAAUCGAAUUCCUUCAAAGCAACGCUAUGGUUGUGUGACAAUUAUCCUUUGGAUUUACAGGAUCAGAUACUGCCAAUAAUCGAUCUGAUGGCCGUCAACAACACGCAUUUUGCUCGUCUAAAGAAUUUCAUCCAAUUGCAACUUCCGGCUGGUUUCCCUGUCAAAAUUGAAAUCCCCUUGUUCCAUGUGGUCAGCGCUCGUAUCACAUUUUCGAACAUCAAUAAACCGGGACCGUGUGUGAGUCCGGCUGAAGACGAUCCGAAUAAGGUGAUUAUCGAUGAAAAUGCAUUCCAAGUUUGUGAAUCGUAUCGCUGUUUGAACGGUGAUGAGUACUCGUUGGAUCAUAAUGCGUCGGCAACAUCAGCCGUUGCGAAUGGACAUUUACCAUCGGCUAGACGAUAUGUACCUGAAGAUGAGCUCUACUUACAAUUUGCGCUAGAGCAAAGUAUGCGUGAAGGGUUGAUGGCAUCUUACGGUAACAACACCAGCAACAACACCAACACAUCUUCAUCUAGCAAUCCAACUUCUUUUAGCGGUAACGCUAGUAGUCAACAAUUCUCGGGGCAGUCGUCGGCUUUCAUCGAUAUCGACAUGGACCCUGAGCUGGCGUUUGCGAUCGCCGAGAGUUUGAGGACGUUGCAAGCUGAGAAUGCUGCUGGUGCGACUGCUAGUGGGGCAGUUGCGCGUAAUAUAACUUAUCCGAAUCAUGCACAAACCUUACUGGUGAGUUUCAUUCGAUUUGAUGUGUUCAGGUUUUUUUUUGUUGUUUCUUUUGUUUACGAUAGCACCCUGUCAUUGAAUUUGAACAAAAUGAGAACAAGUUGCAUGAGGAAAUUCAAUGAAAAAACUUUAAUCGAAAAGAAGAGGUAA